AUGAAAAAAAAGUAACUUGAAAGAGAUGAACAGGGCAAUUUAAUUAUGAAUGAGUAAAAUAUUAUAGAGAUUUGCGAAAAAGAAGGAUUAUAUGAGUAUCCAGAACUGAAUUCAAAAUUAUAUUUACAUUUUAAGGGUAAUUAAGAGUAAUUAAUUUUAAGCAUUCAGAAAAAUUGGAGGUUUGGACAACUUCAUAAAUGUUAAGACUUUGUGGUUAGAAAAUAACUUUAUUACAAGAAUAGAGGGAUUAGAAAAUCUUUAAUAACUAACACAUUUAUUUUUACAAAAUAAUCUAAUUUAAAAAAUUGAAGGAUUACGAGAAAAUUUAGAAUUGAUUACAUUGAAUCUAUCUAAUAAUUGUAUUAAAGUGGUUGAAAAUUUGUAGAGGCUCUAAAAGCUUUCUAGUUUGGAUUUAUCAACAAACAAAUUGAAAUCAGUUUCUGAUAUAUGGGAAUUAGAAUUAAAUUAAUCAGUAUCUAAUUUAGAUUUAUCCAAUAAUAUGCUUGAAUUUGAAGGAGAACACGAAGAUGAUCCAUUAUUGUUAAUAUUUAAAAAAAUGCCAAAAUUAAAAUGUCUUUAUUUAUAGAGAAAUAAUUACAUACGAUCAAUUCAAAAUUAUAGAAAAGUAUUUAGAGCUAUCUAAUUUAGUAUUAUCUUGCCAAUUUACCAGAAUUAACAUAUUUAGAUACAUAACCUGUAUUUCCUAAUGAACGUAGAAUAGUGGAUGCAUGGGGAAAAUUGGGUAAAGAAGGAGAAUAAAUAGAAAGAUAAAGUAUAUAAUAAUAUUAAUUAUAUAGAAAUUAAAGAUGAAGAAGAUACUAAGAAGUAAGAAUAUCGCGAAGAGAUAAAAAAAUAAUUACCUAUUUAUUUAUAAAGCAAAAUUAACUUUUUCCAAAAAAAUAUCAACGCUAUAGAAACUGAAAUAUAAGAGAUGUAAGCUAGAAAAUAAAAUCAUAUUGAACAAAAUAGUCAAGAAAUUGAAAUUACUUUUUUAGAUGCUUCUAUUAAUUAGAAAUAAUCUCAACUUAAUGAAAUGAAUGAAUUACUUGAUAAUAUGAAAGUAAGAUAAAUACGAUAAAAUUCUAUGACAGAAUCACAAUUAAUUGAAUAAAGAGGAGAUUAAUAGGAAAAAAUUCAAAUUUAACUAGAUGAAAUAGAUUGA